CCUCUUUCCCCUCAUUCCUCAAACGCCUUUUCUUCUCUUCUUCGUCUUCCUUUUCUUCCUCUUCUUCAUCAUCUUUCAUACUCGGCAAUGAAGCUCACCGUUAUGAACCCCAAACGUCUUUUCCGCUCCAAGAAGGAGCGCUCCUCCGUGUCCAGAUCCAGGCCCCCGUCCUUUGGCUCCGGAACCUCCUCUUCUUCAUCUGAAGGAUCAACCAUCCACAAGGCUCCGAGCGGCGUUGCCGGUUCUUCAACCCCCACCAGCGUCUUACCUGAUUUCUCCUCUGAUUGGUCCGAUUUUCCCUGUGAUAUGGUCCAUGCAUUCAAGCUCAUGGACCGAGACAAUGACGGGUUUGUCUCGAGGGAACAGUUGGAAUCGCUGCUGACCCGGCUUGGUACAGAGCCGCCCAGCCAGGAGGAGGUGACGAUGAUGCUCAGGGAAGUAGAUCACGACGGCAGAGGGUGCAUCAGCGUUGAGGCACUGAUGAGCCGGGUAGGUUCGGUAUGCGAGCCUGGUUGCGAUUCGGAGGAGUUGAGAGAGGCCUUCGAAGUUUUUGAUACGGAUCACGACGGGAAAAUUUCAGCGGAGGAGCUUAUGCGAGUUUUCGAGGCCAUCGGAGAGGAGCGGUGCACAUUAGACGACUGCCGGCGCAUGAUAGCAGGGGUUGAUCGGAACGGGGAUGGGUCUGUGUGCUUCGAGGACUUCUCUCGGAUGAUGGAGCUGCAUAGAUGAUCAACUUCAUACCAUGAUGUAGCUCGCAAAUAAUGUUAUUUCUUCAGUUUCCCCACUCUUAAUUUCUAUAGCAUAUAUAUAUGUAUGUAUGUAUGUAUGUAUGCAUGCAUGUUUAUUUCAGAUUCGGGUGUAUAAUGUUUCAAGCUUGAGAUUAAAGCAAGGCAAAUCCAAAAAUUCCACUCA